AUGAAAUACUCAAUUCUAAUUUUCAUUAUCUCCUUAUGGUCAUCAUUGGUAUUUGGAGGAUUAACCAAUCAAGAAUUAUUAUCUAUUGUUAAAAACAACAAGCAAAAAUUGAUUCCUUUAAAUGAUCAAAAUUUUGAAACAAUUUUAAAUGGUAAAAGAGAUUAUCAUAUUGUUGCGUUAUUAACUAGUGAAUCGCCAAAUAUUAAUUGUGUAUUAUGUCGUGAAAUUGGACCAGAGUUGAGUAUUAUUGCCAAUUCUUGGUUUAAAGAUCAUCCAAAUGGUUUAACUGAACAAGAAUUAAUGGUUGAAGAUGAAGAUGGUGAAGAACAACCAUUACUUAAAAACAUUUACUUUUUCAAAUCGGAAUUUCUUGAAUCAAAGAAAUUGUUUUCUAUUUUGAAAUUACAAAAUAUUCCUAAAUUGUUUUAUUUCCCUCCAACUGAAGCUUUGGGUCCAAAUAAUUACUUGACUGAAAAAGUUGAAUAUCAAUUCUUCCAAGGUGAUCAUAAAGAUUUAAUGAAGAAUUGGUUUAGUGGUUUAACUAGUCAUAAAUUCAAUUUAUAUAUUCCAGUCAACAAAACCAAACUUGUGCUUAAUGCUGUUGGUGCGUUUGCUGUUGUUCUUUUGGCUAAGAUAUUCUCCAAACAAAUUAUACAUUUUGUUACUUCCAAACUUAUUUGGUGUGCGGGAUCCUUGGUUGCGGUAUUGUUGUUUACUACUGGUUACAUGUUUAAUCAAAUUAGAGGUGUUCCAUAUCUUAAUGAACAUCGUGAUGGCAGAGUUGAAUAUUUUGCACCAGGACAACAAGCCCAAUUUGGAGUUGAAACUCAAAUCAUGUCAUUUGUCUAUGGUUUAUUGAGUAUUUUGGUUAUUGUUUUGAUUAAACGCGUUCCAGAAGUUAAAACUGGAAGCGUAAACUUGGUAUUGGUUAUCAUUAUCAGUACAUUUAUCUUUAUCAUGUUCAGUUUGCUUUUGUCCAUAUUUGGUGGUAAAGCCCAAGGUUUCCCAUAUAGAUUUAUACACAUUUUCUAA